AUGGCAACCGCCGCCGACGAUAAUUCUCCUCUAUUGCCGCAACAUACCUCUCAGACUGGUUCUCCUUCACGUCCAGUUCUCCAGAAGGCCAGAACUGUAACCUUCAACCCCAAAACAUCCGUGAGCACACAAUCUGGCGCAACUGCAUCGGGCUCAUUAAGACCGAUGCAGAGUCCUUCGGCGGCCCUUGGAGCUGCAACUGGAGCGAAACCUGGACAGCAACCUAUGCUCAGUGCCCUCAAUUCGAAACUGCGACGGAGAAACAGCCAUGGAGCACCUCUGCCCACCACACAACCAUUCACCCCCGCACCCAGACUCGGCGCUCAGAGGACAACCAAGACUACUGAAAAGUUGAAGAUCCUGCCGAAUCCCGAUAUAGGAGAAGAAGAUGCGGAUGAAGAGAGUGGCAGAGAUGUGUAUGCGCAAUUCACCCGAAUCAAAGAUCCUACAGCUAGAAGAGAUGCCGCGCGACUGGGAAGAGCGGACCGAGACAAGCUUCCGCGAGUGACGGCAUACUGCGUUGCGCAGGGCUAUCGCCUUGAAGGAAUCAUGAAGUUCAUGAAAUCAAGAGCAAGGACGAGAGGAGCGAAUCCGAAGCUAUUUGACGAAUGUCUGUACAGCCCUUACGAUUACGACUAUACGAAGAAAAGUGACAAGAACAAGGUGGACGACUUGAGUAGCAGUCCGGUCCAGGAGAGAAUUGCAAGGGUCAUGGCCAGUCCGAGAAUAUCCCCGCGGGAGAGGAGAUAUUCUGACAGUGCGGUUGAGGUGGAGGACAAUAAGAAGCAGAGAAGAGACGAUCUGAUCGACUUUCAGGAGGAGUUGGAAACUCCAGCCAUCAGUACAGAAGACUCUAAUGAGCUCGCUCUGGCCCCAACCCAACCUGAUACGGAUCUUGACCACUCCGAAGGUCAAAGUCAACACCAAAAAUCAAAUUCCGAGUUUUCGACUACCGUCCACACUCCGGAAAUUUUCAUCUUCGACUACGGAACUGUAGUCAUUUGGGGCAUGACCGUACAGCAAGAGCAGAGAUUCCUGAACGACAUGUCCAAGUUUAGCGAUGCUCCUUUGCCGACGGAGAGCGUGCAGACCGAGAAUUUCAACUUUUACUACACUAAGGAGUACCAGGCUCGUAUCUACAAUGACUUUAUCAGUCUCCGGGAACCACGCAACCACAUGAUCAAAUUGGCCAUCAGCCAUGCUUUGUCGCAAAGCGUGAAGACGAGUCUAUUUGAGGAUCUGGUCGGCGAAACGAUUGAUGCGACGAGCCCGCUCCCUGCACUAAUCGCGCAGACGGGCAGCGUCAACUUGACCCGACGACAGCUAAAUAUGCAGAUUGGAGAGUUAUUUAUUCUCAGAAUCAACAUCCAUUUGCAGGGGAGCGUCCUGGACAGCCCAGAAUUGAUGUGGGCAGAACCGCAUUUGGAGCCUGUGUAUGCCGCUGUUCGAAGCUAUCUCGAGAUCGAGCAGCGUGUGGGCCUCCUGACUGAGAGACUUGAUGUCAUUGCUGAUCUGCUGGCCGUACUCCGUGAGCAAGGAAGCAGGCGUCAUGGCGAAGUGCUGGAAUGGAUUGUGAUCGUCCUCAUUGCGGCAGAGAUUCUGGUUGCUGCGAUCAACAUCGUUGUCGACCUUUACGCUGGCGUUGACUAA